AUGGGGAGGUCGCCGUGCUGCGAGAAGGCACACACCAACAAGGGCGCGUGGACCAAGGAGGAGGACGACCGCCUCGUGGCGUACAUCAAGGCGCACGGCGAGGGGUGCUGGCGCUCGCUGCCCAAGGCCGCCGGCCUGCUGCGCUGCGGCAAGAGCUGCCGCCUCCGGUGGAUCAACUACCUCCGGCCCGACCUCAAGCGCGGCAACUUCACGGAAGAGGAGGACGAGCUCAUCAUGAAGCUCCACAGCCUCCUCGGCAACAAAUGGUCCCUGAUUGCUGGAAGGCUGCCGGGCAGGACGGACAACGAGAUCAAGAACUACUGGAACACUCACAUCCGGAGGAAGCUGCUGAGCAGGGGAUCGACCCGCCCGCCGGCGCCGUGCCAGGAGGAGAAGGCCAUGGUGAUGAAGCCGGUGAAGCGGGAGGCCGGGCUCUGCUUCAGCUGCAGCCUGGGCCUUCCCAAGAGCACCGACUGCAAGUGCAGCAACUUCCUCGGGCUCAGGACCGCCAUGCUCGACUUCAGAAGCCUCGAGAUGAAAUGA